AUGGAGGAAUGCACCAGGGGAUACAUUGAUGCUGUCGGCGGAAACGCAUGUUUGAGCAUCACCGGGAUGGAUGGCUCAACAAGAGUGCUUGAAGUCGACAGUGCUGCAACCGUGCUGGAUGCGAUUGAGGCCAUCUCGGUACCAGCGGCCAGUCCGCUCAAGCUGGUGUCUGGCGAGCAUGUUGUAGUACCAGUGGGAAGCAUGCUCAACCUGGUGUCCGGCGGGCGUGUUCUGGACGAGCAAGUAAGUGUCCUUGUUACAGCAAGUUGCAGACCACAAUAUCAUGUGCGUUCUGCGUCGAGUUAG